CGAUUAACAUCGAUUUGUUAUGCUAAUUCCCUAUCUCCUUGACUCCUUUGUACAAAACAUUGUCGUAACGUCGUGCAGUAGUAGUACAUCAUGCGUCUACUCAAACGUUACUAUUGCCCCACUGUGUGAAUGGAAAAUAGCCAUAAUAACGCAAAUGGACGUUGAGACAGUGUAAAUAAAUAUUAGGAGUGAUGAAACAGUGCAAGUACUUCAAUAGACUUGAAGUUAGAAUUGAGUAAAGUGUUCAUGUGAAAAUUCAUUGCCAGGUUUAGCGAUUUAUGUAUUUUCAUGGUGACAGUUUUUGCGCUAAGUGACCAUGGCACCAUCAAGCGGCGGCCGCGUGUACUACUACGUUUUUUGUCAGACCCGUCUGAGCAUGGCGAUAGCAAGUUUAGGUUCUGCUACUCGGCUGAACCCGGGGAUACUAUAGCAACUACCAAAGAAGAAGAAUGGGUGACCCGGAAGACGAGCGAAGUGACCACAACCCGGCAGAUCGCGACCCGAGUCAAGAGGGAACUGGUACUCGAGGAUGGCAAGAUUCUCAAGGACUCGGGCCCUAAGAUCUCCACCUCAGUCAACGAGGACACACACACCACCAACUUGCAGCAGACCGAGCAUCGCGUUCCAGACGAACAACCCGCCGAGGAUAACACGUCAGCUUUGCCAGCACGAGCGCGUGGAGUAAUCGGCGCCCCAGCCGAUGAAACAGAUGGCCUCCAACCACUAAUAGGCGGGGUGGUGGCGCCGGCUGGUACCAAGGUGCUGGUGUCGUCUCGAGUGGUCGCCAACCCGGACGGGAAGGUGCGCGAGAGCAAGGACCUGAAGGUGCUCACCAGGAACGUGACGGAUCACGUCCGGGAGACGGAGGAGCGGUUCCACAGAGGCGACACUACGCAUGAGCGAGUGGUCACCAACUUUGACGAGAAGGUGCACGAGAGGAAGGACCUGAAAGUGCUCACCAGGAACGUGACGGAGCACGUCAGGAAGACAGAGAAGCGGUUCCCAUCGAUAUUGCGGUUCCAUAUUGGCGAUACUACGCAUGAGGUUAGUUGUGUUUUAAUAGUUCGUUCGUCAUUUGUUUUGGAAGUAGACGACAUCCAACCACUUAAAGGCGGGGUGGUAGCGCUGGCAGGUACCAGAGACGUCAGCGGACGGGGGGCGGUACGGUGGGUACUGCCGCGUACUCAGCCCCCACGCGCGGGCCUACCCGCGCACGUCUGCGGGGUCCCCGUGAUACCCCGGGAGACCCCUGCCGUGGAGCUCCGGCUAGGCCGGGAGGCUGCUAGGUGCGGAGACGCGGAAGAAUCCCUAAACGGGGAUCCCGCAGCUCCGUGCUAAGCAGCUUAGAGGGUAUUCGCAG